GCUUUUGCCUUGGGACUGGAGCGCCGUCAUCCCCGGCACGCUCGACUCCAGCCGCGUCACCCGGGAGCUCCAAGCCACGCUUUUCAGCGUGGAUUGGGGCAUGAAGGGUGUGAAGCCGCGGCGGCUGCAGCUUUGGAGCCAUGCCUCUUCCGGCUUGCCCUUGUCUUUGGAGGCCAUCUCGACGCGGGAGAGCGGGCUCGUCGUCUACUCGUCCGAGUCCUUGUCGGGCAGCAC